CUUCUGCUUGUUCACUUCAUCACGGAGCAGGAGGCGGACCGACAGGCUGGAUCAGACAGAACCAGAGGACCGGAGAGACAGCAGAGUCCGGGACACGAAGCAGAGAGGAGCUUUACCCACAGGACAACUGGAUCAGCACUCCCGGUUCUGUGUCCGCGAUUCGCUCUCGUCUCGAGUCCAGCUCGUUCGCCACCGGUCCGUCCUCGGAGAUGUCCACAGAAAGCCGAACCGAGCCGGAGUCCCGCUCGGAACCCGACUGCCAUGCUGUGGGCACCAGUCUGCUCCCUGGUCUCUGCGCGGAGUCUGUAGAAUGAAGACGGAUUUAAAGUGAGUCCGAACCGAGUCCAGAGAGAUGACGGUCCCGCUGCUGAAGAUCGGGGUGGUUCUGAGCACCAUGGCGAUGAUCACCAACUGGAUGUCGCAGACCCUCCCCUCCCUGGUGGGGCUCAACACCACCAAGCUGACGGCGGCGCAGGGGGGGUACCCGGACCGGAGCACGGGAGUGUUGCCAGCAAACCCAGAGGAAUCAUGGCAGGUGUACAGUUCAGCCCAGGAUAGCGAGGGGAGGUGCGUCUGCACCGUGGUGGCGCCCCAGCAGUCCAUGUGCUCACGGGAUGCCCGCACCAAACAACUGAGGCAGCUCUUGGAGAAGGUCCAGAACAUGACCCAGUCCAUCCAGGUUCUGGAUCAGCGCACACAAAGGGACCUGCAGUACGUGGAGAAGAUGGAGGUUCAGCUGCGUGGCCUGGAAACCAAGUUCAGGCAGGUGGAGGAGACCCACAAGCAGAACAUUGCCAAGCAAUACAAGGCCAUAAAAGCGAAAAUGGAGGAGCUUAGACCAUUGAUACCAGUGUUGGUGGAGUACAAAGCCGAUGCCAAAUUGGUAUUGCAAUUUAAGGAGGAGGUCCGAAAUCUGACGUCAGUUCUAAACGAGCUACAAGAAGAGAUGGGGGCCUAUGACUACGAGGAGCUCCACAACAGAGUGUCAAAUCUUGAGGAGAGACUCCGAGCAUGCAUGCAAAAAUUAGCAUGUGGCAAGCUGACGAGCAUCAGCGACCCCAUCACCAUCAAGACGUCUGGAUCCAGGUUCGGCUCCUGGAUGACCGAUCCACUGGCACCUGAAGGGGACACUCGGGUCUGGUACAUGGAUGGCUACCACAAUAACCGCUUUGUGCGAGAGUACAAGUCUAUGCAUGACUUCAUGACUUCGGAUAACUUCACGUCCCACCGGCUGCCCCACCCGUGGUCAGGAACAGGUCAGGUGGUCUAUAAUGGCUCUAUCUACUUCAACAAGUUCCAGAGCCACUCUAUCAUGAAGUUUGACUUCCGCACCUCCUCGAUCACCAAAUCCCAAAAGAUUGACAACGCCGGCUACAGUAAUUCAUAUCACUACGCCUGGGGAGGCCAGUCUGACAUUGAUUUAAUGGUGGACGAGGGAGGCCUGUGGGCUGUCUAUGCCACAAACCAGAAUGCCGGCAAUAUCGUCAUCAGCAAGCUGAACCCCAACACUCUGCAGAUCAUCAAGAGCUGGACCACCAACCACCCUAAAAGGAGUGCUGGCGAGUCUUUCAUGAUCUGUGGCACUCUUUACGUCACCAAUGGCUACUCAGGAGGCACCAAGGUCUACUACUCCUACUCCACUAACUCUUCUACGUACGAGUACAUUGACAUUGCCUUCCAGAAUAAGUACUCACAUAUCUCAAUGCUAGACUACAACCCACGGGACCGUGCCCUGUACGCUUGGAACAAUGGGCACCAGGUUCUGUAUAAUGUGACGCUAUUUCACGUCAUCCGCUCGCAAGAACUGUAACAGACACGGAUUCAACGAAUACACGAGUAUCGUCUGCAUAAAAAUGUACCAUAUCCAAAAUAUAUCUGUAAAACAAAGAACUUUCUGUUAAAAUGAUCCCAUUAAAAAAGUCAAAUAACUUAUGAGAGACAGCAUCAUGAACUGAAUGUGUAUAUGAAAAAAAUCUACAGCUGAAGGGUUUCAUUCCAAUAUGUAAUUUAUUAAAUGCAGAAAGAUUAGUUACAUUCAAAGAACAAAAGAUUAUUAAUAGAAAACCAACAGUUUUGUAAAUAAAAGUCUUAAUAUGACCUGAAUUUAUUAGUUAUUCUUAGAAAACUUUAUUUUGAUAGUUACCAUUAUUAGAUUCAAAGAUCUUCAUUAUGGAAUGAAACUCCUUAUCUUUUAAAAAAAAUGAUUGUAAAAGUAAAAUAUAUAUCAGAGUUUAAAGAAUAGGAACGGAUGCCAAAAAAGAGAACAUCAUGCCUUUUUUAUAUAUUGGAACCUAAGCUCAUUCCUGCGGCUCUAGUUUUCUGUAGAACUCCUCCCAGAUGAACUUUCCUGUGGUCGAUGGGGGCUCUGAAACAAAGACUGUUCUUAAUAAACUGUAGGACCCCCAGGUCUCAUGAACAAAAGUAGGAGGUCAGUCUAGUCAGAAGACUUGGUAGCCUAAUGGAGAUGGUCUGUCAUAUCGUUUUUAUCAAAUCCAGUAGCAAAUCUAAAGUCUGUAGAGAAACAACAGUAAUAACAUCUAAAGACCUGAAGGCACUGACUGUUGGCAGCGCUGUUUUUGAUCUGAUUUUUUCUGUAUUAGUGACUGUGUGAAAACUGCUUUCUUUGCAUGAUUGUUUUCUAUUCUGAAUGUCUUUUUUCGUGUUUGUUGCAACAAAAAAAAAGAAAGAGGUCAGGUGGGAGGGGUAACGAAGGAGAAGGCUUUUGGGUGGUUGAGAGUUGUAAGUUACAUUUGUUUUCAUUUUCUGACUCAUAAUUUAGUGUAUGUUUAAUUACUCUAUUUGCCAUUAUUUUAUUUUUUACAUGUUGUAUCACUGUAACUGCUGGCACUGGUUGACUUUGUAUUUGUUUAUUCGGUUUGUGUAGGAGGAAUUGAUCCAACUCACUUGUUUUGGAUGAAAAAAAAAAAACUACAGAAUGUAUGAAGUUAUGUAUCUCAGAAUGGAAACCUGCUUUUUUGACUUACAUUAUGCACCCGAAGUAGGAAGAGGUCUUCUUUUUAGAGGAAAAUCCUGUUUCAUGUCAUGUAUCCCCAAACCCACUCCCUGCUAGUGACAGAUAAUGUUGUUUAAAUGUAUAUCCUUGCCUAGGACAAAAAAGCUUUUUACUCUUUUUGCGCUUUGCUGGACAUGUGUUGUAUCUGAAAUGAGAUAGUUAAUGAUUCGUGUCAAUAAACCAGAGAAAUCUGA